AUGCAUUUCCUCCUCCUGGGCGCCACUGGCCGCACCGGCAAGCAUGUCGUAUCAGAACUUCUCUCCCAAGGCCACACGGCAGUCGCGCUCGUCCGCACUCCCGGUACUCUCUCUCCUCAUCCCGGUCUCACGCUCGUUACCGGCUCGCCGCUGUCAAAAGCGGACAUCAGGAAAACCCUCACCGCCGCACCGUCCCUGACACCCUCAGCUGCCAUCUUCACACUCAACUGUGCGCGCAAGACGGACAGCCCCUUCGCACAGCCCGUCUCGCCUCCCCGCCUGCUGGCUGACUCGUGCGCCAACGUCUGCGAGGUGCUGGAGCAGGCCGGCAUCCACCGCAUCGUCGUCCUGUCCACGGCCGGCGUCGGCGACUCGUGGGCGCCCAUGCCGUGGGUCUCCAAGGCCUUCAUGGGGUGGACCAACAUCAAGUACGCGCUCGAGGACCACAGCCUGCUGGACCAGGAGAUCCGCUCUACCAACCUCGACUGGACGCUCGUGCGCGGCUCCAGGCUGGAAUUCGACGACCCCAAGAAGGCGACCGAGGCAAAGGAUGUUGAAACGCUGGGCAGCUCCGGCGCGGGGCUGCGCAUGACGGAUAGCGUGAGCGUUGCCAGCGCCGCGCGGUUCCUGGUCAAGUGCGCGGUUGAGGGACUGUUUGUUAAACAGGCUGUUGUUAUCAGGGAUUAG